UGGCAAGUGUAUUGCCCAAGUGAUCAAAAGGAAGAGGAUUGCUUAAAUGUUUUGGCAUCUAAAAACACUAACGACAUCUUUUUUCCCACAGGACUUGCCCACAGAGAGAGCAUCCUUUGACAAAGUCCUCUAGAGUUUCCUUGGACUCGCUGAUCAAAACAUUUAGGUGGACGGUGGACCACAACAACAGCGCUCGCUGUGUGCCACGAAAAAAGUGUCGUCUGGUCUCUUCAAGGAAGGAAAGAUGGCCAAGUGACAAGAUCUGCGAACCGUGUUUUACUUCGUUUCGCCGUCUGGGCUUCCUCAAUGCCUUCUUCUAGUCGGCUUCCACGUUUGCUCUUCCUCGGCAUUUACUCACCUUUCCUCUCUUCUACUUAAUUAUGGAGUGGUUGCUUUCCUUUUCUCAUAACCAGAUGUUGCUCUCCCUUUUUUUUUUUUUUUUUUAGUAAAAGAUGUUGCUCUCCUUUAGUAGUCUUUUCCAUGCACUCAGUUCUGCUAUUUUCUUGACAGCUGACAGACUAAACAUAUUCAUUCAGAGUAAAUGAGCCAUGCUGUGAAGAAAUCCAACCAGCGAGCCAUCCUUUAUUCUUCUUCUCCUCCUCCUAAAACACUUUUGAGUUUUGAAGAAGUGCAUGCACAUGCACCAGAAGAAAGCAAUUGUACGUCUCAUGGAAAAGGAUCUGCAGUGCAUCUCAAAGAAUUUGUGGAAGUAGGAGUGAAAACACCUGGAAUUCCCUUGGGUUUGCAGAGUCUCAAGCUUUAUCAUGUUCUUCAUUGAAUCAGACCCUUGCGAGGAGGAGAUUAUGAGUCUUGGGAGCAGUGCUAUUGGAAUAUGCCUCAAGACAAUCUAAGAUCAGCUGUUCACAGACGUUUAACAAAGACGCUUCCUGUUGGAUUUGAAGAUGGGAAUGAAACAGUCCAAUGUGGGACAAGCAGAAGGUCCAAGACCUCCCUUUCUCUUGCAUUAGAGCCUGCAGAUGGAAGAGGCCGCCGUGGCCGAGAUCCGGUGCCCUUCAUGAGUAAGGAAGAAGAGGCCACGGCCUACCGAGAUGACAGUGAGUUGCAGCUAUUGCAGGUCUUUACAGGAGCUCGCAAGCUGAACCAGAUGAUCGGCUCGUGGUCCAAGGCACCAAAUCCUGAUGGGCGAUGGAAAUAUUUUGCAGAAGAUCUUCUGAGAAGUGCUUUGGAUCUCCAGGAGUCGUUAAUCAUGCUCGAGAAGCUUCAAAAUGACUCAAAGCUAAUGUCCAGGAUGAAUAGGAAAAAGAAACCAGAGUUCAUAUAUAAAAGAGAGCAAGAAUUAGAACGAGAAAACCAUUUUGAUGCAUUGGGUUCUAAAAUAUUUGCAGGUGGAAGCUACCACAAUAGAUUGCAGGAACCACGACUUUCUAUCGAUGGGUCUUCGAGGAAUCUAGUUGAGGAGCUGAAGAAAGUGAUAGGAGACUGCCUCUACAGGCAGAACCUCUUGUCAUUAUCUUCUGAUGAUGAGAAGGCUUCUUCGAGCAAGUCGCCGAGAUACACUCAAAGCAAGGGUUCCAGGGAUAAGCCAAGCGAGCAAAAGGUAGAGGUAGCUGGUUCCAUUGUUGCCUCAGACCAACCUAAGAAGCCAAAAGCUCCAAAUUUGAUUGCUAAGCUAAUGGGUCUGGAAGAAGUCCCUUCUUCAGAACCUGUUCAGCCAGCCAAAAAAGAAAAGAAGGGGAAGAGCAUAGAUUCCCCAGGACAUAGUCUUGAAAUUGAAAUGCCUCAGGCAAGGAAGCUGCAAGUUGUACAGCAAAUUCCAUAUCCAAAGAGAAAGGCACUACGCGGAAUCAUAGAAACAAUGCAAUUCAAAGGUCUUUUGAGGAGCAGCCAAGUUGACGACCGCAGAUGUCGGCCUAGUUUCUUUGACACUCCACAGCUGCAACAGUACGCCAGAGAUUUCUAUAGGGAUGAUGAUGUGCCACAAAUUGUGAUUGUGAAAUCUCUGCAUUUACCACGCCGGGGGAGAGGCGAGGUCCUGAAGGAACUUACUUUAGAAAAGGUCAUGGUUAAGGAAGGGAGAAGAUCAACUAAGUUGGUCCAGGAAGAGAAGGUUUCUGAGCAGACAAGUGUCGUAACCAAAAUAUUAGGAAGAAAAGAAGUGAAGACCAGGGGGAAGACUAAAGAGAAAUCAUCACCAAAUGUUAAGGCCACAACUUCUUCAUGUCAGAAACAGAAGAGGGGAGAGGCUUUUAAGGCUCAUAAAAAACCGACUGAAGAACGGAAGCCACUGCUGCUGAAUAAGAAAAAACAGGAAGAGAAGAAGAAUGACAAGGCCACAAAGAUGCCAAUAUCACAUCCAACUACUUCUACAGCACUGGCAAAGCCUGAUAAAAGACUAUCAGCAGCAAGGAAUAUUGCUUCCACACAAAUAGGUACAUCACAAAAUCGAAAUCUAAAAUGUUCAUCAAAAUCGGCAGCACAGAAUUUCUCUGAUUCCACAAAGGAGAAGAAGAUUGCAGGAGCAAAACCAGCCAAAACAUCUAACAUUGUCAAAACAAGUGAUGGUAAUAAAAGCAAAGAAGAUGGCAGAGAGUUCAAUUCUCAUAAUAAAAAGGAUAGUGUUUCGGCAAGAAGCAGCAGUGUUUCUGGUGAUGAGCUCCCUGAACAGUCUGACCAAGACACAAAACCACGCAACAGAGAUGACACAAUAAAAACCGAGAAUGUAUUAUGUGAAGUCAUGCGAAAGACCAAACGAGUUCGAAAAAUCUCUGAAUUAGAAGAAGCAGCUAUUCAACUUCCUGAAAAGAAAGCAACUACGGGAGAAGCAAAUGCAAUAGAAGGUGACCUAAAACUGUUGCUUUUGAGCCGCCAAUCAUUUCUUAACCGCGCACGAGAACUUUUCAGUGUUGAUGCUAUCAGACCUGUAUGCUAUCAGAGUAAAGGCAAAGAUAAGGAUGGAAAAGGAAAUGCUAAGCUCUUACUGGACAUUGCAGAAGAGUUAAUGGUGUGCAAAAGCCAUCAUCAGAAGCACUUGAUUCAUUCUUCGGUCCAAACCAACUUGUGGGGCAGAAUGGUAUAUCAUUCUUUAGACCAGUUGGUGAAGGAAAUCAGUAAUGAGAUCGGCGAACUGACUAAUUACAGUAUGGUUGAUGAUGAUGCUACCGCCGCAGAUAGUCUUCAUAUAAGGCUGGAGAGAGAUCUCAAAUGCAAGGAUGCAAUGCUAAAUGCUAUGUGGGACUCUGGCUGGGUUAAUUGGAUUUGCAUGGAAGACACAGACCAAAUUGUAGGUGAAGUGGGGGAACAUAUCUUGGCUUGGCUUAUUGAAGAGGUUGCUUCUGAAUUAGUAUACCAAAUAAGCUUUUUAUGUAUCUGAGGACCUUAGGUUCUGUGUGUAUAUCGACUGCAAAGUUCUAUUUUAUACAUGAUGCUGUAUAUGUUGUGGCCAAAAAAUGCUAUUUUAUAUAGAAAUAUAUCGAACAAUAUAAUCAAUAGAAAAGAGCAGUAAAUAUCAGCUGAGGUAUUGUCAUUGUCAAGGAGUGCUAUUUGAGUAGGUUGUGACUUAUUUAUAAUGUGAGAGU